GCUGCGCGGCAGACGUCGACUCGAGGCUGCCGGGUCAAAACACGCUCAUUCAGACGAUCACGUGAACGCGCACGCACACCGAGAUAGAGGCGAGCUCGCCGACACACGUACGGAGGAAGGAAGGAUAAUAAUAAGGAGGAGGAGGUGGUGAAUAAUGUGACAGGAUGUGGUUUCCCUGAGCUGGCACAACAUCCGCGCCCACCAAGCGGGGACUUGGAGUGUCUUCGCCCCGCUUCUGGAGGACUGUGUUCGGCCACGGAGGAGAGCUCGGAACCGACACCGCCUUGACACGGCUAACCUUCGUCCACGCGUGGGAUGCUUCGCUCCUCGUGACGCUCGCGCCGUCUUACUUUGAUCCACAGCGAGACUUUUGGCGCUACUCGAAGUGACGUCAUGGGCUGCGGACUGCGUAAGAUGAAGCCUACCGCGGAGGAGAAGUCACCGGGUAAGAUUUACUCCACGCUGAAGAGACCUCAGGUGGAGACCAAAGUGGGCGUUGCUUACACCUACCGUUACCUGGACUUCCUCAUCGGCAAGGACGGCGGGACGUCCACUCUGCGUCUGUCGUCGGUGCGUGAGCUGCCAGAACAGUUGCAGGAGCUUUACCAGCAAGACUUCCGGCUGGCCGCCAUUCACCCGUUCAUCCACCCCUGCGGCCCGGAGUCCAACAGCCCGCAACACCAACUCUACCGCGCCAUCCUGGUCCAGAUCAACGAGGGGGUCGACAAGAGGCUGGCGGUGUGCUCGCCGUGCAGGCUGCAGUUGGAGCCGUGUGUGCCCGCAGAGCAGGUGCCAACUCCUGAGCUCAUCCAGGGAUACGUCAAGAAGCAGAUCCAGGACGCGGCUGAGCAGGGUGUCACGUUUGUGGGCUUUGUGCAGGAACCCUACGGGGCACCCUGCACCAUGAUCCGAGAACCAGACACCCCCUCCCUGUCCCUGCACUCCAGCCCCAGCUCUGUGCUGGGCUCCCUCAGCAGCUGCAGCCCCUCCGACCCGUCCAGUCCCGCCCGCCACGGACGUCCCGGAAAGGAUACGGACACGUGCAAGAACUCCGGGAAUCACUCGGGGGGUUUGGGCGAAGUCUCAGCCGCCUCGUCUCCGAUCUCAGAGGAGCUGACGGGGGAGGAGCUGCCAUGCCAGAACAACAGCAAGGACAGCGCACCGGAGACAAAGCCGAGGACCAGAUACCAGCAGAGAUCCUACGGGGCUGAACUUUUGGCUUUGUAUAACCACCCGGCGGCGCGUGAGGGCGGCACGGUGAAGUACUACACGGUCAAGGUGCCGCUGCGGGUGCAUGCCGGCGUCAACGGCAGCGGCGACGACGUCCGAGAGGUGGAAGCCAAUUGGCUGGAUCACAUGACGCAGCACUUUAACAACGGAGCCUCGCUGGUCGACGGGCACUUCCACCUGGGAAACGUUGAUGAUUUGCUUCCCAAGUCGGUGGAAAGCGUCUUUGUGUUCGAGGAAGCCAGCGAAGGCGAAGCCAACACCACCUACGACGCCAUCGUGGUGGAGCAGUGGACCGUGAUUGACGGUUUGCAGGUGAAGGCCGAUUAUGUUCCUCUGCUGCAGUCCUUGGCCAUGUACGGCUGGAGACUCACCUGUGUGCUGCCGACACCUGUCAUCAAGACCAACAGCGAUGGCAGUCUGGCAACCAAACAGAUUGUGUUCCUACAGCGACCCGUCCUGAGCCGGAAGCAGAAGGAAUCCAAGAAACUGAUCUUCAAACCUCGCGGUAAGGCCUGCAAAAAUGGCCUCAAAAACAAAGACAGGAAGACAAAACCCAAACUGGAAAAAGACAUGAAAAUUCCCAAUCACGGGGAAAAGGUUGGAAAUGAGGAAGAAGAGGGGAGGAACGGAGAGAACGAGAAACCAGACGAGCAAGACGGAAAGAUUGACGCUACGAGCACCGCCGAGGUCGAAACUGACCAAUGGAAAGAGGAAGUAGCUAAAGUAGCAGAAGAGAGAGAAAAGGAAACGCUCGAACUUGACAAAGAGGGAUUGACAGAUGCCCAGGAAGUCACAGAAAAUACCGCUGCUGAUGAAAAGGAGGACGGCGGCAUCGUGGAUGAGCAGGAAGUGGAAGCCGUCGUGGAAAACGGCCUUGAAAUGUACGAAGAUGAAAAUGAAGAGAAACCAGACCAGAAGCAACGCACGAUUGACGAAUCCGUUGGCCGAGAUGUCAAGGACACGAGUAUGGUGGCAGAUUCCCAGACCCCGACGAUAAACGAAAAACAAGAGUAGCCCAGAAUUGUGGAAACCCUACCUCGCAAACCUUAAACUCAAGACAGGGUUCACGCUGACCAAUUUUUGGGACUCGUGUCGACCUCUUAAAUCUGCCAGCUUUCAUCCACCGACUCUGCUGUAUAACCACACGUCGUGAAUGUACCAUGUAUCCUUGAAGGACCUGAAGGAACCAGAUGAAGAUCCUCGGACUAGACUUAGACCUAAAACUAGAGCUUGCAGUGUUAGGUGGCCUGCAACUCUCUGCCUUUAAAGCGACAGGGAGUGCCGCAUAACCGAUGUACGCAGAGAAAAACGUAUUUUUGGACUCUCCUUGAUCUUCGCUCGCGUUCUGAAAAGAAACAUCCAAAAAGAUGACAAACCUUAAGUCGAAAGACGAAAAAGAACACUGGCCAACCGUGAUACUACUGACCGUCGAAAGACAGAAAAGACUUGUGAUCCAUUCAAUUCUACGCCAUUUGAAGUGUUGCCUUGAUGAGAAGGCCAACAUUUGGGGGCGGGACCCGUUUGCGACAGGCAAUCCAAACUAGCGUCAAGAGAUCUUCGGAGGCGAGACAUCAUUGACGGCUUAUACUCACCUUGCGUACAGAAUGUUCCGGAUAAGCACAUGUCAAAUUCAUGGGAAUGAAAUGUAGCUUUUACCUUUUGGGGAUGUUUUUCAAUUCGCUGUUCCUGAUCAAGCUUGGGGCCAUCCGCUAAAAAUGUUCGCUAGCUAUAGCGUUCGCUGCGAGUCAAAGGUUCGCAUUAUUUGCAUUUGUGGGGUCUUAGCUGUGGGGUGAAUUCAAAGAAAGAGAGUUGUUGGUUUACAACUCAUGCCCAGGUCAUGAAUCUAAAAAUCAUAAAUACGGUAAAUAUUGGUAUGAAAACAAUUUUACGCCAUGAAAAGAGGAGCCCUGUAUAUGGACUGGGAAGGCAGCGUUACAGUAUUUGACACCUUAAUCACUGUGGAUACUCUGGUAUUGUACAACUGUACAGGGGUAGACCCCUCCCCUAAAUUGUGAUCCAAUUAUGAAUUGUGUGACUAUAGAGGUUCUACCUUCGUAAAACACGGCGUCCGAAUUUCUGUUCCGACACGUUGAGCUACCUUGUGUAUGAAAUGCGCUAUGUACAUAAAGCUGCCUCGCCUUGUCUUACCUUGACAAUAUAACCGAAAUUUGAAACGACGUCUGUCAAAUUUUAGGCCACAAAUAUAAAACAAUCUCAUGAAAGACACGAAGUAUCACGCUAACUGACGUCUUCUCGCACCACCGCGCUAACAAGUUGAUUUGUACGCCAUUCGUAAACCACGGUAUGCUUGGACCGUCAUAAAACCCGACCUCUUUUGAGCUGCAUGGAGCUGUCUCUUGCCAUGAUAAGGAUUUGAUGAAUAUUUCACUUGUCGGCAACCCUUAAAAAAAAGCAAAUACAUUUUGAAAUGUGCAUUCAUGCCGCGAGGCUGCCAGUUCGCGAAUUGAACUCAAGAAAACGGACACGGGGGUGCCCUGUGGCGCGUAAAAUGAAAUAGAAAUGAAUUGGCUCAUUUGAAAGUAAGUGCAGUUAGCGUGGCUUUUUUUUUUUUGUACCUCCAGCUAUUUCAGCGCUCCUCAGCAGGUGGUGUUUGUAACGAUAAGUGAGUCGUGAGAUGGCAUUUGGUGGCGCGGCCGCAGUGAAAGGCGGGACAGCGGGUGGGUCGCCAAGGUGAGAGGUGGGCACGUCCGCCACACAGAUCGCUCAUUAGGCCGCUAAUGGCUUUUGUCAGUAGGGCAUCUGUCAGAAGGAGAGCGAGGGGUUCGCUUAGCCAGGGCGCUAUUGACAAUAAUGCCCACACCAGGUACCUCAAUAAAUCGCUUUCUGAUGUCUCACGCUUUCAUGUGAACUCGGAAUGAUUUUCCUGGUUUGAUGGUUUUGCUUUUCAAUGUAACAAUUACACGAGCUCGAUGCGUUGUGUUCGCUCAUGUGGUGUCCAUGUGUCGAAAAGAUUUGUCUGGUGCUGUUUUUAUGGAGAGCGGAAAACGCGUGUGAGACCAGCUUAGCCUUAACACCCCAAACUGUCUUGUUUUUUAUUUUCUUUUUGUUUUCGUAAGUUACCACAUCGCCCCAAAAAUAUCUGAAGAAUUAGCAUAGCAAAACCACCUGGGAUGUUUUAAAAAUUCAACACCUGGACAAAGUGUCACUUGACAACGUAAAAUUUGAUAGUCACAAGAGUGGUGACCCACAAAAAAGUUUUGAAAAAGAUGCCUGAAAAUACACAGGCAGUCCAUUUUGUUUUGAAAGGACCUUUUUAAGGUCAGUUUCCAGAGAUCCUCGACAUCAUGUGAUUUUUGUUUUGUUUUCUUUUCUCUAUUUAACCCACUUUGCAGUAAGAAAUUUGGUCGAAAUAUCUAUCAUGGGUUGACCCUCAGAAAAAAAAAAACAAGCCAUGCCUAAAACGACAAGGGAAGUAAGUCAAAGAAGAGGACAUUCGAGGAGUCAGUUUGGUCGUUCUCAAAAUUCUUUCAAAGACAAAUUACCAAAAUUUGAACUGCAUAUACGAGACCAAUGAGGGGCACAAAAUUGAAGAAUUGUCGUUUGCGUCAUUGUAGACAGUAAAGCACACAAAAUAAUUCUGUGUCCGAAUCCAGGUUACCUUUGAAACACAAAAGCUGGUCGGCAAUUCUUGCACAAGUAAAUUUACAAAAUGUUUCAAAUACUUAAUGACCAAAAAGUUGUCCAUUAUAAGUAGACCGAUAAAAACUCUCAAAAUUCCAAAUUUUGGGUUCUGGGAUGCCAUUUGAGUGGUCAGUUUGAAAAUUUUGUAGGGGGGGGGGGGGGACCUUCAAAGGCGAACUCCUGCUAAAGAUUUUGUCUGAUAGUUACCAAAUUUGAACUGCGGACACGAGACGGAUUUUAAUGUUUAUCGUAUUUUUCCCAGUCGGGUUUUUCGAAAUGUAUGAAAAUGGUUUUCACGGUGGCGACACUGGAGUCCACAUUGUAAAGAAAGGAUUUCAAGUUUAUAUUCCAGUGACUUGCCUGCCCGCCGUGUUGACAGACCGAUGCUUCAAGCUACCUCCCGAGGGGUUCCUGACUUUUAAAAUGAGGGUCUGCGGCCUUCCCGACGGCAAAGUACGAGGUCAUACUUAAUGGCCGUCUGGGUUCAAGGGUCACAUUUUACCGUCCGAUUGAUUUUUCCAGAGGAGAGAAGCACUCUAAUUGUGUUCCAAGAUGUGAAGAACAUUCUCUCACUGGUGGAAGGCUUUUGACUGCUCUUGGGCUUUAAUUGAAUGUUGUAUUUUGUGUUUUGCGAUGAUUUAUGGAAUUGGCGUAGCGCUUUAAAGGCACAGAGCUCAUGUAGUUUCCGUUUUCCACGAUACCGGGGGUUCCUCGGCUUAUAUACAUUUCGGAACAAAAUAAUGUUCAUCAGCACCAUAUUUUAAACGGUAACUUCAUGAUCAAUCGGUGAUUAACGUUCUUCAGGAAGGGAAGAAUAAAUGCAUGUACAGCAGCGGGUUUUUUUUCCUGCAUACGAAAUUUGACACUGAUUCUUGUUUCACUAACACUCGUUGGUUCAUUUCAAUUUCAGUUGUGGGUGUGGUGAAGUCAGAGAAACAAGAAGCCACUCCUAAAACUGUCGAUAGAUUUCCUUUCUGACUGCCAAAGUGUCAAGUCGUUUCUUUUGUAACCGAGCCCGUCCGUCUGACUUUGCAAGUUCAAAACUUUUUUCAAAACAAUUUUCGAGACAUAUUUUAAAUGCUUGAGGACAAAUGCUGAAAAUGUACAAAGACCGUGCAAAUGAUCAGUACCACACAGGGGUGUGCAUAAGCUGGGGGGGGCAUUGGGACGGUUGCCCCGGGCUUCCACCCGGAUGAUAUGGUUGUUUAGCAAUAAUAGAUAUAUUGGAAGAAAGACAUCUAUUUAAGUAAUAUUACGCAUAAAAAUUGACUUUUCUUUCAUAAUUUACCAAAAAAAUUAUACUCGAUAAAUUAGGAAUUUUCCAUUAGUGGGGCAGGGGGGUGCAAACAUUGUUUAGCUGUGUACCGUAGACAGUAUACAGAGAUUAUAGAAGCACUUGGCUUUCAUCACAAAUUGACGAUAUCAAGGUUUUAUACUGAGGCAUCGAUAUUGUACGGUGACAGACGACGACGUGAUACGUUAACAUAUCAACCGUAAAAAUAUGGUAGCGCUAUCGUGUUACGGUUUAAAUAUCCAUCGUUGGCUGCACAUGGAGGUUACAGAUCGGACACAGCGGCUUUUUAUCAGACGAUCCACGAUCCAUACGUCACGCUAGUGUAUCAUAGCGGAAAUUUAGAUUCGUACUUGGUGAUUUUUGUCGAAUCGGAAGUAUCUAUUUUCAUCAUUGGUAGGAAUUUACUUUAAUGAAUAUAACUUAUGUUUGUUUUGGGGGGGGGGGGGUUGUUUUUUUUUUUUGCUAUGUUAUUAAACAUGUCAAUCAGCAACCCCCUUGGCCUGCCCUCUCCUCAAUGACAUCACCAAGGUCACAUGAUAGCAGUUUAUUUGUCUUAACAUUCCAUUCGGACAGGGAACGAACGGUCUUAGCCUUGACAAACGCGUCCGUCACGAUACCAACAGAGCGGUGUCUUUUCCCGAUAAGAGACCUCUGAGACCAGCCCCACCCUUGGGAUUGUGGGUAAUUGUUUGAUUUGUUUAGUUUGCCAUCAGGAUGGAGACAUUUGAAUAUUGCAUCAUUCCAGCUGCCUGUUUGUGUCUAAAAAGCUAACAUGCCAGUGAUGUAUUCUUUAUCUGUAUGCCGUCCCGUCCAUCUAUGACGUUAUUAUUGUUAACCGCCGCCGCUGCAUCUGUACAAUUUGUACAUUAUAAAAGUAUUUAUAUUUAA